UAAAACUUUUUCAUGCCCCUUUAAGUUUUUGUCCGGAGGUUCAAUAUUCCCAAAAUUGUCCUCUGUCCUACACAGAAACUGACUCCCGCCCAGACAACCCAGGCGGCUUCUGGUCUAGCGGCAACAAUCUCCUCACGGACGACCGUUGGAUUUGGGGCACCGACCCGCGCCAUCCCGUAGAUGUCUGGUUCCAUCCAUCCUCCCGCCCGACCAACAACUGUCUCAUGCUCAACACGGAUCUCACCACGCAGUCCAGGAUGCGGCUAGAGGCCGCAGCGUGCGGGAGACAGUUGUACUUCGCAUGCGAGCUGACGGUGGAGGCUCUGUAUCAGGAGAGGACAUUUCAGUGUCUCUGUCCGGAGGGCUAUUCCGGGGAGUUCUGUCACCAUACAUCAGAUCUUCAGAUACAAGAAUCUUGUAGUGACUCUCUACUUGUCCUGACCUGUGACCACGACAAACACCUGAGCAUUGUGGGCUCCACCUUCCAUCUAGACAACAAUAAUGUCUGUCCGCCCGCCGGUGUGGCGCCAGUAGGCAACUGUCUGUUCAGUGCCUCCCAAAUUAACACCUACCUCCGAGAACUGAUCCUUCUACCCGGAUGUGAGGGUCAGACACGCUGUGAGGUCACUGUCACAGAUGACUUGAUACGGGAUCUUGAUCCCUGCCCUACCCAUCCAAAAUAUGUCAAGGUGCACUACAGGUGUCGAGAUACCUACAACGUACACACAGAGACCUGCCAAUCCCUCACAGCCAAGCUAUCAUGCCAGAAACCAUUAGGCCUGCCACACAUCCGCGUGGAUGUCGCAGCGUACGGACGGUUACGGGCAAGCUCAGUAUGCUCGGAGAGCACCUUACGUCCAGGGGAGUUAUCAGUGACAGACUGUCGCUCGCUCAUGACACUGGAUAUCGUAGCUAGAAGAUGUAACGGCUACGCCUCAUGUAACGUCACCGCGUCCGAUGACGUCUUCGGCGAUCCGUGCCAGGGAGUCUUCAAAUACCUUGACAUCAGUUAUCAGUGUUUAGCAAAUAUCACUGAAGCAACAGCAGCCUACCCUCUGACGUAUGGUGUGGCCACCUUAACCCCUCCAGUCUUCUGCCCGGCCGUCAACCGCUCCGGGGUUCAGUGGCGAACCACCCAGGAUGGCAAGACUGAUGUCCAGAGAUGCCCUGAUGGACAAGAUGGGUUAGCUUACUGGCAGUGUGACAAACAGAACCCAGUUCAGUGGUCUGCAAUGGGUCCAGAUCUCAGCCAGUGCACGUCACCAUGGAUCAAUGAUAUCUACAGGCAGAUUGAAAGUGAAUCGGUAUCUGCCGGCGUGUUAGCACAAUCAGUGCUGAAUAACACGGUAGCCAGCUCCACAGUACAGAACCGAGAUGUACAAAAGACAGUUUCUCUGAUGAAUGACCUACUACAACUCCAAGAUAAGCAGCUGACAGGUUUGGCAGAGCAGGAACAACAGUCUACUGUCGAGGCAUUUGGGGAGAUCCUGGUUGAAUUUGGAAGUAAUAUCUUGGAUUCGGACAAACAGAGCACAUGGGCAUCAGCAGCAACAGAUGAGGGUUCAGCAGCAUCGCAAACACCAGCAACUCCCACCGAUGUCACAGAGAAUCUGGAGAACACCGGCUUCCUGGUGGCUCAGUAUCUCAGCAGAGACAAGACUAAUGUUGUUAUUCACUCUGAAAAUAUCGUGAUGACUGUGGAGGCAAUAGCCAGUGAGAACGCAGGCAAAGCUGUCUUCUUCCAAGACACGCGGACGACAGAGGAUGGAACCACUGAUACGCUGAAUACCAUCACCCUACCACCGUCUGCUACACAGACCACAGGCAACAUGGGUUCUGCUCAGGUAGUCUUCCUCGUCUACAAAACUCUAGGGGAGUACCUGACCGACACCGCAAUCGAUGGCAUGGAAGCGAUAAGCAGGUCUGUGAAUGACACUGACUAUGACUUUAGCAAUGAGACGGAUGAGUCGCUUGGUCUGCAGCUAAAUUCUGCUGUCAUGUCUGCCUCCGCUAGAAAACAAGAGAAAGACGUCGAGACAUUUGAGAAUGAUGAGGAAGUACUGCUGACUAUCAAACAUACCCUGUCCAACAUAACUGGAAACGUGAGCUGUGUCUUCUGGAAUUCCUCCAAAAGUUUGGGGGGAAACGGUGCCUGGUCGGACAAAGGCUGUCGACUGGUUUCCAGUAACCAGACCCACAGUGCCUGUGCAUGCAAUCAUCUCACAAACUUUGCUAUUCUCAUGGACGUCACUGGUACCCACACCAAGAUUCCAGUGAUCCACGAGAAAGUACUGACAGUUUUAACGUUUGUUGGCUGCUCCAUUUCGAUCGUCUGUCUGUUCAUAUCUAUCUUCGCAUUCACAUUUUUCAGAAACAUUUGGAGUUUACGAGUGACAAUCCAUCGCAAUCUGUGCCUCAUGCUACUACUUGCCAAUGCGCUGUUCAUAGCCGGUGUGGAACAAACACAAAUAAAGAUACUGUGUUCAGUUAUUGCUGGCCUGUUGCAUUACUCCUUCCUGUCGGCCUUUGUGUGGAUGUCGUUAGAAGCCGUUCAGUUCUACAUUAUGCUAGUCCAUGUGUUCUCUACUCACUCCAGACACUGGCCGUACUACUUAGCUGGAUAUGGUAUUCCAGCAAUUGUUGUCGGUGUUUCUGCAGGCGUCAACUACACUGGCUAUGGGACAGACAGAUAUUGCUGGUUGUCGACGGAUAACUACUUCAUCUGGAGUUUUACAGGCCCAGUGGCUGCGAUCAUUGCAGUGAACGUUGUGCUACUGAUUGUAUCACUUCGCAUCGCCUACUCCUCUCGAUCAUCUAUCAAUAAAGGAAUCGCUCAGAACGACAUCAGGCCCUGGAUCAAGGGGGCCAUGACGCUUCUAUUCCUUCUCGGCAUCACAUGGGGCAUCGGAUUCUUCUUCAUUAAUCAACAGUCGCUGGUCGUAGCUUACAUCUUCACCAUACUCAAUUCCUUACAGGGUCUGUUCAUUUUCGUCUUCUACUGCCUCGGCAACGAGCGAGUGAAUUCCGAGAUGCGGAAGUUUGUGCAUCGUCAAAGAUGGCUGCCAGCUUGCAUCAGGGACCGGUACGGGAGGAACUCUGCUUCAAAUCAAAGCUGGAGUCAGAAAGGUGCAACUAUCAGACGUCAACAGGCUUGUCGCCCUGAAGUCUACCACAAAACAGACACUUCUGCCAUGACUACCUUGAACACGCUGAGCGAGGGCGAUAUAACAGAAACGACAAAAGACAAGUACGCAAACCCUGCCAUCGACGUGAAACUGGUGGACGACAACGACCAAGACAACAGCAGUCAGACCGCCAACAUGGAGUACGGCACCACCAACAUGGCGUAUGACACCAGCAGCCUGGCCGAAACGUGCAGCACAGUUGCCGAGGGAACCAACAUAGCGGACGGUAGCCAUAGCGGGCGUUCUUGGUUGCAUAACAAUGCCAUUAACACAAUCGUGGCCGAAAACAAGACGAAAAGUGACCACCAGUACCCGCCAGUUGAUUACGACUAGGGAAAAAUACACGGACUAAACAUACGUGUACAUGUACACUGCCAACUUUCCAUAGAAAGAUAAAGAGUUUGGAUAUCAUUCUUCUAGUUCUUCGUACAUUUUUGCCCCUUAAGUAUUUCAACAAAACAAGCAUGGCCAACAAGUAGACAUUUGUAUUUUCGGCAGAAAUUGGUUAAAGGUUAUUUAAGAAUUUGGUGGAAGCAUAAAUGAUGUGUUAUCAAAUUAAAAUAAUUAAUAUUUUACUAGAACUACUCACCAAAGCAAUAGUUUUACACAUUUUAGUGACUUUUAAUUUCAUUAGACCUAUUUAGAAGAUAAACACUCUCAAAAACAAGAUUGAUAAGCUAUAUUUCACAUACUUUAGCUUUAAGACAAUUUAUUUCUCACAAUCAUAGCUUGCAUACAAUUACUUACUAAAAUUCUUGCAUUUAUAAAAAAAAUUGUGGAUUGCUAAUCUCCUUAAGGAAUAAUUACAUGUAUGUGAUCAUAUUUCAACAAUUAUUUUGUUUUUAUUUAAAUAAAAAUGCAAGGUUAACCCCUUACAU